AUGAAUAUGAAUACGAAUAAUCUUAAUACUCCAUUAUCUAAUCGAUCGGAUGGCACCGAUUCCGGAUCGAUUAUGUCUUCGAUUUAUCCUUCGACGCCAGCAGGUACACCAAAUAAUUAUCUCUCAAAUCGCUCAUUUAUACCGCAAACGCCCGCAUCUAUUAACGCUGAAAUGGAUCCAUCAAAUACGCCGUCAAGUGUAACGUCUAUACAAACCAAUGAUCAACGACGAAAUAUUGUUCAGCAACUUGCACUUCUACUUCACGCCCAUAAAUGUCUUCAACGCGAACGACAAGCCCAAACAUGUAAUGGAGAUAAUCACGGAAUGCCUCCUACAACAGCGUCACUAAAUCCUUGUACAUUACCACAUUGUGCUACGAUGAGAAAUGUACUUCAACAUAUGACGAAAUGUGCUGAUUUUAAAAAUUGUUCUUUUCAUCAUUGUGUUCAAUCACGCCAUAUCAUUCUUCAUUGGAAGAAUUGUACUACGCCUAAUUGUAAUAUAUGUGGUUCAUUGAAGAAGCCAUCAGCACUUCGACCACAAAAUUCCAUACCAAAAGAAUGGCAACAACAAUUACAACCCGAUCAUCGCAAUCAUUUAGUCAAGAAAAUAGUCUCAGCAUUGUUAAAUACCGUUCAACAGGAUGGUCGCUCAUUGCCACCGGAUCGUUUAGCUGCAGUAACAUCUUAUGCUCAACAAACCGAAGCUGAAACAUUUAAUACAGCUAUAAGUCACGAAGAUUAUUUUCAUCGAUUGGCUGAACGUAUUUAUAAAAUUCAAAAAGAUUAUGAAGAAAAACAAAUGUCGAAAAAACAACAGAUUCUAACCACAACAUUGACAUCAAUCGAUAAGUCAGCUGGCGAACAAGGCCCGCCAAAUCGUAUCGCACCUCAAUCCGAUUAUCCAUCGUCAUUUUUACCUUCGACAACAACACAGAUUAAAUCAGAAAAUCAAACACCCAAUCCAAUGCAAUCCGUAUCGUUCGAUACACAUCGCACUUCAACGGAUAGUCUUAGCCGAAUGACAAUUCAAAAUACAAACUCAAAUAUUAUUUCGCAUUCAGAUACCAAUGGAAAUCAGUCGGAUUCAAAACUUAUGAAAACAGAACAACUAUCACCAAAUCAUGAUACGAAAAUUCAAACAAUGACAAUUAUAAAGAAAGAAGAAACGAUAACAACAAGCGAAACAUCAAUAAACGGAAAUAAUGUCACCACCACAACUGUUGAAUUAAUCAAAACAGAAAAAAUCGAUAUUGAAUCAACAAAAACAAAUCGUCUACCGUCAAUCGAUUCAACAAGUAAAUCAUUACCAAAAUGCCCCGCAGUUUUUUCCGUGGACGAUAUUCGAGAACGAAUGACACCUAUACUUCGCCAUUUAUCGGCUCACGAAGAAGGCUCAUGGUUUCGUCAGCCAGUGACAGAACAGAUCGCAUCGGGCUAUUUUGAUAUAAUCAAAUAUCCCAUGGAUUUUUCUACCAUGUUUAAAAAACUCGACGAAAAUCAAUAUUUAACACCAUUUCAAUUUUGUGAAGAUAUUUGGCUUAUUUUUAAUAAUGCAUGGACAUAUAAUAAGAAAUCACAAAAAGUUUAUAAAGCAGGUUUAAAACUUGCCGAUAUCUUCAUGGAAUUAGUUGAUCCUAUUAUGAAAGAUUAUGGUUAUUGUUGUGGACGUCAAUAUGUAUUUUUACCGUCAGCUAUGUUUUGUUACGGUGUGUCGGGCAUGUGUUGUACGAUUGCACGUGAUGGUGAUUAUUUCGUUUACAAUAAUCCGGAUUCAUCAAGAAAUAAUCUAUCCGGUGAUAAAUAUACAUUUUGUAAGAAGUGUUUCGAUUCAGUUAAAUCUGAAUAUAUAUUAGUUGGCGAUGAUCCAGCGCAAACAUUAGUUGAAUUGCCUAAAAUGGAAUUUAGUCAAGCAAAAAAUGAUCAUCAAGAACAAGAACCCAUGGUCGAUUGCAUUGUUUGUGCAAGACGCUUUCAUAACAUAUGUGUUCUUUAUCAUGAACAUAUUUGGCCUGAAGGUUAUGUUUGUAAAACAUGCGUCAAUCAAUAUAAUAUUAAACGAAAGGAGAAUCGCUAUUUGGCACAUAAAUUAACAAUGACUGAUUUAGCCAAUGCUUUAGAAAAACGUGUUAAUGAAUUUUUGAAGAAAGAUUGUGAUCUUGAUACAGGUCGUGUCACAAUUCGAGUUCUAGCUGCAAGUGAUCGAAUAUGCGAAGUUAAACCACGACUAAAGAAACACUUGGGCCCACAAGUACCAGAAGGAUAUCCGUAUAGAACAAAAGCUGUAUUUGCAUUUCAAGAAAUCGAUGGCGUCGAUGUCGUUCUUUUCGGUAUGCAUGUACAAGAAUAUGACAGUCGAUGUCCGGCACCUAAUGCAAGGCGUGUCUACAUUUCCUAUCUUGAUUCGGUACAUUAUUUUCGACCGAAACAAAAACGAACAGCACUUUAUUUUGAAAUACUUAUUGGCUAUCUUGAAUAUGUUAAACAAUUAGGAUUUGCUUAUGCACAUAUUUGGGCGUGUCCACCAAGUGAAGGCGACGAUUAUAUAUUUCAUUGUCAUCCAGUAGAACAACGAGUACCAAAACCGAAACGUCUACAAGAAUGGUACAAGACAAUGUUAGAUAUGGCUGUGAAUCAACGUGUUGUUGUUGACUAUAAAGACGUCAUGAAAGAUUGUAAUGAUAGUGGUGUGAAUAAGCCAGGGGAUAUUCCCUAUUUUGAAGGCGAUUUUUGGUCAAGUACAAUCGAAGAUCUACUUAAGGAACUUGAUAUCGAAGAAGAAGAUCGACGAAAGUUCGAAGAACUUGAAGCUGUUAAAACAACGGAUGAUGGUUGUUUCGAUGACUCAAUUGAACCUGAAGAACCGACAGAAAUUUCUGAUAAACGUAAAUCGGGCAGUGGCACAACCCAUAAGAAGAAAAAUUUCAAAAAAACAACAGGCAAACGACGAAUAGCACGAAAAAAUAUGUCCAAUGGGGCCGAUUUAAUAACGAAAGUUUAUGCUAUGAUGGAAAAACAUAAAGAGUCCUUUUUUGUUGUUCGUCUUCGCAAUCCAAUGUCGAAUCCAGCAACAUUAACCGAUACAGAUCCGUUGAUUCAAUGUGACUUAAUGGAAUCUCGUGAUGCAUUUUUAAGUUUUGCUCGUGAUAAACAUUGUGAAUUUUCUUCGUUGCGCCGCGCAAAAUACUCUACGAUGGCCUCAUUAAUAGAAUUGCAUUCAUCAACAGCCGAUAAAAUCUCCUAUACAUGUAAUGCAUGUCGACAAUUAUGUGAUAUACGAUAUCAUUGUACUGUAUGUGAUGAUUACGAUUUAUGCAGUAAAUGCUAUUCAACAGUUAAACAUGAACAUCGCAUGGAACGUUCCGAUGACGCAAGUGAAACACCAACUAGCUCAGAUACACCAGUGAAUAGUCAACAACAAAGACAAAUAAAUAUACAAAGAAUGUUAGAUACUUUACGCCAUGCUGUCCAGUGUCGUAAUGCAAAUUGUAUAUUUAAAAAUUGUGCACCAUGUCAACGAUUACUUCAACAUGCUAAAGAAUGUACGAAGGCAUCAAGAAAUCAAUGUGUACUUUGCAAUAAAAUUAUAUCGCCAGUAUGGUUCCAUGCGAAAACAUGUUCCGAUCCAAAUUGUCCGCUACCGUAUUGCACAGGUUUUAAGCAUAAACUUCAACGACAACGUGCAGCAACUAUGCAAGCCGAUCGACGACGUAUCACUGCUAUGCACAGAGCGAAAAUGGCGCCUGGUCCAUCACCACUAAGUCAACAAAAUGCAGAAUCUACACCUGCACAAUAUCAUCAACAGAUGGAAUCUGCUUCACCGAGUUCAUCGGGUAAAAUGAUGCCAUCUAGUGGUAAGGGUAAUAAAUCUGCACCCAUGAGUGGGUUAGUACGCGCUAGUUUACCUCCACAACAAUCAUCGUCACAACAUUCAGCAUAUUACAAUGGUGGCAAAGGAAAUCCAGCAGCUGGUGGAUAUCCAAUGAUGAUAACACACCAUCAGCAGCAGCAGCAGCAGCAACAGCAACAACAACAACAACAACAACAACAAACACAGCAAUGGAUGUCAGCACAACAACAACAACAACAACAUCGAUAUGCAACACAUGUUGCCGGCGGAGGAAAACCAAUGGUGUAUGCACAACAAAGAAUGCCAUACGGCGGAGAUCCAUACAUGAUGCGACAACAAACUCCACAGGUGCCAUCAUCAUCGUAUCCAUAUACAUCUAAUAUAGUUCCACCAGGAUAUUCACAUAAUCAAUCAAUGGAUCCUAAUGCGUUGGCAGCAGCACGUUCUGGAAAACCGAUGCUAUCACAACAACAACAACAACAACAACCAUCACAACAACAAGUACCAACUCGAUAUCCGCUCAAUUCAUAUUACAGUCAUCCGUCACCCAUGCCUUAUCAACAGCAAUCCCAACAGAUCGUACAAUCGCCACAUCGAUCGCUAUCACAAGGUCCAACUCCGAAUUAUUCAAUGCCAUCAACACCAGUACCGUCAAACGGAGCCGGUGGUAAAUCAGCUUUAAUCGAUCCAAACGAAUCAAAACCUGAAGAUAUGAUGGAUGAUCCAUCCAAACUGCAACAACAACAACAAAUCUUUCAUCCUCUCCUUCAGAAUCGUUCACGUCCACAAACGCCAAACUUUUAUCCUAAUAUGCCACCAGCGAAUUCUCCUUAUUAUCCUCCACAACGUCCAAUGACGUCAACACCAGAUUAUAAUAUGGCAUCAGCAGCUCGUGGUAUUCGACCAGUCAAUGCCGGUUAUGGAAAUCUACCAGUGCAACGAAUUCGAACUCCACUCGCUUCACAAUUAUCAUCUCCAACCAAUGAUCCUACGACGGGUAUGAAUAAUAAUCCUAUGGGACUUCAAUCUACGCCGCUACCUCCGCCAUCUGUAAAUCCUCGAUGA